AUGACCCAGGCAGAACUCGGCGUCCAGGGAGUCCACUUGAUCCCGCAAGGGACCGCGUACGGCCUGCUCAUCGGCCUGGGCGUGCUCUUCUGCGGAGUGAUCCUGGUCGCCAUCAAGAUCCAGAAGGCCUAUUUGUCCGAAGACUCGGGCACGUCCGAGAUGUUCAUGGUUGCCAAUCGGUCUGUCGGCACAGGGCUGACGGCGUCGGCGGUGUUUUCGUCCUGGAUGUGGAUCAACGAGACGGUCCUGGCGGCCGCCAUGUGCUACCGGUACGGCCUGGCCGUGCCUCUGUGGUGGGGAUCGGGCCUCUGCUUCCAGAUCGCCCUGAUGGCUGCCCUGGGGGUCAUGGCCAAGAUCCGCGUGCCCUACGCGCAUACCUCGCUCGAGAUCAUCAGACAGCGGUACGGCUGGAUCGGCCAUGUUGUCUUCAUUCUCCUGAACAUCACCAACAACGUCUUCGGCUGCGCCUCCAUGAUCCUGACCGGCUCGCAACUGAUCUAUGGCGUCUCGGGAAUGCACUUUGUUGCUGCCACCAUUCUGAUUCCGCUGGGGGUGGUCAUGUACACGGCCGUGGGAGGCUUGAAGGCGACCUUUCUCACGGACUUCCUGCAUACGACCGUGGCCCUGAUUCUGAUCAUCUACUUCACCCUCUCCGUCCUGACACACCCGGCUGUCGGCGGCCUGUACGGUCUCUACGACAAGGUCAUGGCCACAGCCGGCGAGAACCGCAUCCCGGGCAACUAUAAGGGGUCGUUGCUCACCAUGAAAUCCAAGGGUGCCAUCGUCUGGGGAUUGAUCCUCAAGUUCGGAAACCUUGCCCUCGUCGUCACGGAUACUGCCUUCUGGCAAAAGUCCUUUGCCAGCGAGGUGAAUGCAACCGUCCCCGCGUACAACCUCGCCGCACUGGCUGUUUUCGGGAUCCCGUGGGGCUUGGGAACGGUCAUCGGGCUGACGGGCAGGGCACUUCACAACACCCCCAUCUUCCCUACCUACCCGGAUGGGAUCUCAGACGCACAGGUGAAUGCCGGUAUGGUGAUGCCGCUCGUCGUCAAGGCUCUCAUCGGAGACUCGGGCAUUGUCGCCUUCUUCGUGCUGCUGUUCAUGGCCUUGACCAGCACCGUGUCUUCCUCCAUGAUUGCCGUCAGCAGUAUCCUCUCCUUCGACGUGUACAAGACGUACAUCAACCCAAAGGCAUCCGACCAAAGACUGCUCCAUGUCAGCCAUCUCACCGUCGUCUUCCACGCCAUCUUCAUCACCGGAGUCUCAAUCGCCAUGAACUACGGUGGCGCCAACAUGACCUGGAUUGGCUAUUUCCGGCCCAUCCUCUCCUGUCCCGGCAUCAUCCCCCUGGCGCUGACGCUGUUCUGGUCGGGCCAGACCCGGCUGGCAGCGAUCCUGGCGCCUGUGCUCGGCUUCUUCACGGGGCUGGGUAUCUGGCUCGGUGCCGCAAAGGCCAUGUACGAAGCCGUCAAUAUGACCACCACGGGGGAGAACUAUCCCGCCCUGUACGGGGCUAUCGGCUCCUUUUUCUCACCCGCGCUGUACUCGGUGGUGAUCUCCAUGUAUAAACCACAGACGUUCGACUGGCGGAUCUUCCUCCGCAUCGAACUCGCCGACGAAGCCCAACUCCACGCAUCGGACACACCAGACCAUCCGAACCAAAAGCCGCAACUCGAUAGCAAGCAAGCAAGCGAGACGUCCACGCCCGAAGCAUCCGACAUCGACGACCUGGAGCGCGCAAAGGCCGGAUAUGAAAGCGAAAAGAACCCCGCCGCAAUCUCCACAGGACCUCCGACUUCCCCAACGCAGCUGAGCCUCGACGACGUCCGGCACCCCUUCAGCGAACAGACACUGAAAGAGCUCUUCCGCUGGAACCGCAUCGCGUGGAUCUUUUUCGUUGUUAUUGUCCUCAUCACCUUCAUCCUCUGGCCGAUGCCGUUGUACCGGAAUUAUGUGUUUACAAAGCCGUUCUUUUCGGGCUGGGUGACUGUCGCUAUUCUGUGGCAGUUCUUUGCGUUCUUUGCCGUGGUUGUUUUCCCGCUCUAUGAUGGUCGGUGGGAGAUUCUUCGGGGGGCCGUGGGGUCUUGGAAGUCCUCGAGGGAGUUUGUGAGGAGGUGGACUAGUAGGCCAUAG